AUGGCGUCGGUGCCAAACGAGAUCGUCCUCUUUCACUACCCUUUCUCACCCUACGCCCGCCGCAUCACCUGGUAUCUGCAGCUCCGCGGCAUAGCAUUUGCGCAAUGUAUACAACCGAUGACAAUGCCUCGUCCCGACCUUCGCGAAUUGGGAAUCGCCUACCGCCGUAUUCCGCUCAUGGCCAUCGGCCGCGACGUAUAUUGUGACACUCGGCUUAUUCUCCGUAAGCUCGAGGAGCGUUUCCCCGACGGGGCGCUUGGAGCGUCGGGCAGCGACCACAAAGCCAUUGAGCGCCUACUGGACCGUUGGACCACCGACGCCGGGGUAUUCGCUCGCGCCGCCACGCUGAUCCCGCCCGACACGCCUGCCCUCCAGGACCCCAAGUUCGCCAAGGAUAGGGAGGAAUUCUCGGGGCGCAGUUGGUCCAAGGAGGCCAUGAUACGCGCGCGGCCGGAAAGUCUCGUGUACAUUCGCGACGCCUUUGCGCUGCUGGAGGAGACGCUGCUGGCGGACGGGCGGGAGUGGAUCCUAAAGACAUCGACCCCCAGUCUGGCAGACAUUGAAGCUAGGCGUGGUCUGAUGCUCGGGUUAGCGAUAUGGCCGUUCGACUGGCUCGUUGAGAUGAAGGGCGCGCUGCCGGCUUCGGUGAUAUCAGAACGGCAGUUCCCCAAGGUGUACGCGUGGAUUGAGAGGUUUCGAGGAGCGCUGCGCGCGGCCAAGUCGUCGGGGCCCAAGCCCGUGACGCUGAAGGGUGCGCAGGCGGUCUCGUUCGUCUCUGGCGCAAACCUUGCGGAAUGCGGCGGCCAUAUUGAUGCGGCUGAUCCGUUGGGCCUGGUUAAAGGUCAGGAGGUAGAGGUGUGGCCGAUCGACAGCGGGUUCCAGCACCGAGACCGGGGUACGCUGGUCAGCCUGACACCAGUAGAGAUGGUGCUGGCGAGUAGGACGCAAGCCGGUGGCAGCGAGGUACACAUUCAUUUCCCGCGGUGGGGUUUCAGGAUAGCGGGAGCGCGGGGGGCGGCAGCCAAGCUGUAG